ACGUCCACGUUUUUCGGAAAUGGCUGCUGUUGGCGGUUGGGGUAAAAGGAUCUGUAAAACCGGCUGGCUGCCUGCCCUGCAACUUAUCCGUCAUAGCUCCAAAUCUGUCACACGUCAUUGGAAACCGAUGCACAUUAUGAGGGAAAAGUUGAUGGCAGUGACUGAAUAUAUCCCACCAAAACCUCUGACUUCAGAGACCUGUAUGAAGCCCCAUGCCAUUCUUGCUAAAGAAGAGACUGGCUAUGAAAGACUGUUAUUGCGUCAAGUGAAACAAAUAUUCCUUGAGAAUAAAAUGAUUGUUGUGUGCCAAUACAAUUAUAUUCCUGGAAAUGAUAUGGUAUUAUUCAGGCAUCGGCUGCGAAAAUAUAAUAUCCAUGUCAAAUUUUUUCCCAAUAAGAUCAUGAUUCCCUUUCUUUUGGAAUCUAAAUACAAGAAUCUCCUCCCUCUAUUUGUGGAACGCAACCUUCUACUUGUCAGUAUGGAAACAAAGGCUCGGGAAACACUACAAAUCCUGAAGCGUGUGCCACAGAUUAAUAUGUUAGGAGCUUGCAUCGACAACAUCAUCCUAAGCAAACAAGGCUUUGUAAAUUAUGCUAAGCUGCCAUCUAUAGUAAUUGCCCAGGGAGAAACUGCAGGUGUAUUCUCACUCAUGAUGUCCAACACUAGCAGACUUCUGCAGCGUGGCUCUGUUCAUCUCAGUUCGUUGCUGGACCAAUAUGUUCAACAGGAAAAUGAAAAAGUUGAAGAAAAAGCAGAUAGGAACAUCAGCUAAACUGGAAGCAAUUUAAUUCUUCAGUGUAAAAUGGCCAUGUUUACUUCAUUGCAUGCCCAUGGGUUUGUGGGAGGGGUUAAUUAGUAUGAUUGAUAAAAUUCUAUCAGUUAGACCACAUAGAGAAAAAAA